GACUGGAAGCGGGAGGAUAGAACUGUUGUUGGAACCUAGUUAGGGUUGGUGCGCAAGUCGCACAUACAUGCAACACCUUGUCUCUUUCUUUCCGGUAGCGUUCGCUGGACGUUCCUUGCCUUAAAAGGAAUUCAAAAACCACUCUUGCUGCAAUCAAGUCUAGCUGUUGCUCCCUCGUUUAAGCUGCCUGCACAACUCAUGGACGCUUUCCUAAAGGACUGCACAACAUAGGCUUCCCGCUGAACCUUAUCAUAAUUGUUGUAGUUAACAGAGCUGCAUUUGAGCUGCGCUUUUUCCUGGUGACCCCAACCGUCUAGCUCAGCGCUCUGGAGGCAGCUCCGGUGGCUGCCACUCCACAGAAGUCAUGCACGGCUUCGGAAAUGUCAGCACGCCAGCAACCUUCGGCACCUCAGCGUCCCUUGUAGGGGGGCCGAGCGCUUCAAAUGCCUCCGCAGCAGCACGACCAACAACGGGCAUCGGAAGCGCAGCAGGGGCAGAUCCUUUUUCGGUCGGCCUAGCUUCUGCCCCAACUUUCACGAUGGGCUACGUAACCUCGGAGGUCGUGGCUUUCGGAACGUCCAAGGCGCGAGGUCGAAGUCAACGAGGCAACCCCAGAGUCAACCCCACCGCCCAUGCUCCUCCCCACGUACCCACCACAAGUCCUUUCGGCUCGGCAAGCACACCCUCCCUAGCCACACCCUCUCCCAUGGAGCCUGACUCGAACCUCGCCGCAGCCAGCAGCAGCACCAGCAGCUUCGCAUUUCACUUUGGCGCCGCAGCCCCUUCCCCAGCUCCCAGCUUUGGAAGCGGAACACCGGCCACAACGCUGCCCUCUUUUGCCGUACCGUUUACCUUUGGCUCUGCAGCACCUCUGCAGCACGUCACCUCGGUGCCAGCCCCUGCCCAGGGCACCUCCACAGCAGCAGCGACCCUGAGCACCGCUGGCCUAGCAGGAAUGAACCCAUUUGCGGCCACAGCAGCAGCCAUCGCUAGCGACGAUGUGGAGAUGGAGUCUGUCGCUGCUUACGCCGCUGCUGCUGGCGCUGCUGCUACCGCCGCUGAACGUACGAUGGCAGGUACGACAUUCGUCAGCGGGGCUGUUGAGAGUACGACAUCGUCGUACUCUUUUGCCGCCGCCCCCGCACCCCCAUGUCCGAGUAGCUCAAGGCCGUGGGGGCUGAUGUCUUCGACACCGCCGGUGUCAAGUGCAUCAGCGUCUGCUGCUUUUCAAUCUGCUCCUGUGCAAGGGUUGGGACCUGGAGCAGCAGCAACAGCGGCAGCAGCUACCCCCAUGGAUACUCCUCAGCCGUCAUUUUGGGGGGCUGGCUGUCCAACCGGUGCCCAUGCGACGCGCGGCAACUCUUCAGCAGCCGCGGCAGCUCCGGCUGCGUCCAACGGUCCCUUCGGCCCGUUUGCCGCUGCAGCAGGAUCGAUGUCAUCAGGUAUGACGUUUUCAUUGGGGAGCGGUUGGCCGAACAGCACGGAUGGCUCCUCCUCGGCGCUUCUUGAACGUGCUCGCAUGCGCGCGGAUCAGCGGCUUCGCGCUCGCCAGGUGCAUGCGCGCCAGGUCAUGGUGCACGGCGAAAGCCAGCAGGCCGGGCAGCCCCGUAGGCUGCCAGUGGCCCCAAGUGCCGUACGGUCCGGCGCCGCUAGCGGUAACGUCACGCGCGCAACGGCAGUGAACACGACAACAGCGGGGGCGGCAGCAAGCCGUAACGCCACCCCUGCCGCCGCCGCCGCCACAGCAGCAGCGGGGGCGGCAGCAAGCCGGAGCGCCACUCCUGCCGCCGUCGCCACAGCAGCAGCGGGGGCGGCAACAAACCGGAACGCCAUUCCUGCCGCCGCCGCCACAGCAGCAGCAGCGGGGUCGGCAACAAGCCGGAACGCCACUCCUGCCACAGCAGCAGCGGGGGCGGCAACAAGCCGGAGCGCCACUCCUGCCGCCGCCGCCACAGCAGCAGCGUGGGCGGCAACAAGCCGGAACGCCACUCCUGCCGCCGCCACAUCAGCAGCAGCAGCGGGGUCGGCAACAAGCCGGAACGCCACUCCUGCCACAGCAGCAGCGGGGGCGGCAACAAGCCGGAGCGCCACUCCUGCCGCCGCCGCCACAGCAGCAGCGUGGGCGGCAACAAGCCGGAACGCCACUCCUGCCACCGCCGCCUCAGCAGCAGCAGCGGGGGCGGCGGCGACAGCAACAAGGACUGCAGCGGUAUCGGCUACGCCAGCUGGUGCGUCCGCAGCAAGGGACGUAGCGGAGGCUAGGCUGGCAAUGCUCCGUGUCAGGGCGCGCCGUGAUGCGGAGACAGGGGAGAGCGUGGGCAGGGAUGGCAGCGGUGUGGCGUCGUCUAACGCACGUGAUGAGGCGGCUGGGGCCAGCAGCUCUGCAGGCGGACUUGCGGUGGUUUCAGACAGGCCCGGAGGGGCUCAUGCGUCCGUUAGCGAGGCUGAUCCUGGCGGCGUACGGCGCUCAAGGUACACAGUCGCAGCCCACAACACGGGACCCGGCCGCAGUGAUUCCGGCAGCGGUGCAACAGCGGCGGUUAGGAGCACAGAGCCGCCGGCAGCGCUGGCGGCGGCGGCGGGCGGCAGAGGUCUUCCUUCAACGACAGCCGCCCCAGCGGCGCCGGCGAGAAGUGGAGGAGCCCCGGCGGCUCCCAGCAGCGGGCCUAUCUCGAACAGCCGUGGCAGCGGGGACAGUAGUGUGGCCGCUGCUGGUUCAGCGCUGCCGACGCCGCCUCGGGAUGACAAUGGCCGUGGGCAGCCCAGACGAGCAAGCGGGAGCAGCCAAGGACCCGGUGGCGGUGGGACAGCGGCUGCUAGCGACGGCGCCGGCGAUGCCGUACAGCCGGAUCCCAUGUUCGUGUGUCCCAUUACACAAGACGUAAUGACCGACCCCGUCGUUGCAACCGACGGCUAUUCGUACGAACGUGAGGCGAUCGCAACCUGGCUGGCUCGCAAGAGGACCAGCCCCAUGACGAAUCAACGCAUGCCUGAGCCGUCUUCAACGCUCAUUCCAAACCGGGUGCUGAAGUCAGCCAUCAUGGAGUGGAAGGAGAGGACGGGCCAGUAAGUAGCAACGCACGGCAGGCGCCAGACAUACGAUGGUCUUUCGAGGAUUGCUGAAAGCUGGUAGGAAGGAAAGCUUGUAAAUUGUCCUAUGACUCAAUGAGGAAUUGAGCGGAUUUUGCACGAUGGGCGCACUGCUUUAGAUGAUUCCAUCACAAGGUGAUUGGAAUGGCGGCUGCAGGGUCGCAGGUGGAUGUAACUCUAGGGAUUUGGAAUCUUACAGUGCAGGUGUGAUCUUCUAGCGAGAGUGUAACCUCAAACUGCUCCAUGUGGUGUAUAGGUUUACAGAGUGGUGAAGCGUACAUAGUCCCGCAUUAAGCGGGUGCUGGAUGACAUGGAUGUCAUGUGAGCAUCUAGUGCUGCUUUAUAUAAAUGACGGGAUUAUAUUGAAAAUUUGCUGCUGCCUACAUGGCUGUAGCAUGCUGCUGCCAAUACCUUGCAAGGUCUUGUUCCCCUGCUAGCCUUAUCUCUGUACCACAUCACGCUACCUAUCCUAC